AGCUGGGGAGGCCUGCGGCUGUGCCUCUGAAGGCGCUGCCAGUUGAGUCUGGUGUCACGGCUUCUAGUCCCGCCGCCUCCGCGCGCUUCCCGGAAUCCUUGCAACCCCGCCGUCAUGUCUCAGUUCUGCAGUUCCUCCUGGACCCAUGCCCAGCCCUGACUCUGGACAGAGCCUGUGAGCGGAAUUUUCCGGUUUUGGACGCCCAAAACCGAUACCCACCCUCAACUGCUGGAAAGUUGCCCAUGAGUGGACUUCGCCGUGAAGCAGGAAGACGGGUCCAAGGCGAGGGUCCUAGGCUGAGUUUGACAGAGCUGCUGAGGAGGUUAAGAACCUCAAGACCAAGCCGGCAGACGAUGAAAUGCUGUUCAUCUACAGCCACUACAAACAAGCGACCGUGGGUGACGUAAAUACAGAACGGCCUGGGAUGUUGGACCUCAAAGGCAAGGCCAAAUGGGAUGCCUGGAAUGCACUGAAAGGAACUUCCAAGGAAGAUGCCAUGAAAGCUUACAUCAACAAAGUAGAAGACCUUAAGAAAAAAUAUGGAAUAUAAGGGACUGGAUUUGGCUGCCAGCCACGCGUAUCAUCUAAACUGAUAAAAUGCCUUGUUUUUGUAAUACUGUGGAUGACGUGAAAUAAUGCAAAUAACCAGUUAACCCAGUUCCUCAAGACUGUCCAGGAUAUGGCUCUAACAGAUUACUGAAAUGGUUACUGACCUUUGCUCAGUAGUUUUUAUCUCUAGAUCAAUUAAAAGUACCUUUGUUACUUUAA